CUAGGAAACGGCGGUCUCUGCGGGCUGGGCAGUCGGCGGGAACCGGGCAGGGGGAUGGGGGCUGGGGACUCGGCCGGCGCCAGGGCCUGAACGGAGCGCGCCGGUUUCGUGGCGUGGGUGCUGCUGUGAGCAGUGGAAUACAAUCACAUAUAUCUGCUUCUAACGUGGCUGUAAUUGGCACGCUAUCCCAUACCAAAGUACCUUUUGAGCAGAAGAAAAAGAGGUGAACUAUAAAGUGAGAGCCAGUUUCAUCUCUACUCUGCAAUCUAGGAGAAAAACUUUCACCCAAGGACAGAUCAGGUGCUGUUUUUCAACCCUAAACUUUUGACCAAGAAUGAAACUAUUUAAAAAUUAAGAUGCCAACAGAUCAUGAAGAGCCCUGUGGUCCCAGUCAUAGGUCAUUUUGCCUGAAUGGAGGGAUUUGUUAUGUGAUACCUACUAUUCCCAGCCCGUUUUGUAGAUGCAUUGAAAAUUAUACAGGAGCUCGUUGUGAAGAGGUUUUUCUCCCAAGCUCCAGCAUCCAAACUAAAAGCGACCUGUUUGCAGCUUUCGUGGCAUUGGCUGUUCUUCUAGGAACUCUUAUCAUUGGAGCCCUCUACUUCCUUUGCAGGAAGGGCCACCUUCAGAGGGCCAAUUCGAUCCAGUAUGAUAUCAGCCUGGUAGAGACAAGUAGUACCAGUGUCCACCACAGUCAUGGAGAACAUUGAAGAAAUAGCACAGUGAACCCAAAUCACUGCUUUUUUGUUACAAAGGCAGAAAAUGAAACACCAAAAGGAUUUUCAUUAAGCAGACUCAUUCCCUUUCUACAAAUGAAAACCAAGUCAGUCAUCUAAAAUCUCAAUUUCAAAUCAAGAGGAUUUAGUCUUCUGUUUUCAUUAAAAUGGAAUUUAUGGUGGUGUUCAAAUGGGUUAGACUGGGCACAAAAUGACAAAAGUAGAUUUUUUUCUCAAAAAUUUCUGCAGAAUGCCUAGGAAAUUCUCAGAUUUGUAAAAGUUUAUUUUACAUUCUUUGCAUGUUCAUUGUGUUAAAUUUGUAAUAUAAAUUAGUGGCGAAACUCUUGCUGUUUGGCUUCUCUUACUAGGUUGAAAAGUUGUUUUAUUUACCAAUGAUGCAGGUUUAAGCAAAGUUGAGAAUUAAUUACAGUAGUGAACUGGCCUUCUGGACCCCCUUCAUUACUCUAGGUCACAGACUAUUAAAUAUAACAAUGUAUAGGGUGUCUGUUUUGAGAUCUUAAUUCCAAGCUUCCUUACUCUUUCUUAUAUUGCUACUUGGCUUUUCAAGGAGUUUAUUCCUUUGAAGCAGCCUUUAACAAGGCAAAUUGUAGCUGCAGAAAGAUUCUACUUUGAAAGCACAUUAAGGAAAUCAAUAUUUUUUAAACACCUUGAUUAAACUAUCCUAUCCUUGUCACCUGAUAGAAGACAGCUCAGUAUUGUAAAGAAAACAGUAAGGGUACAUCUUCUCUUUUUGUGCUCAUGUCAAUUUUUUCAUGUGAUCAUUUUUCCAGUUUCACAAAUGACUACAACUGUUGCCAUUUCUAGGAAUUUAGUAUGUUUUUAGCUGAAACAGAAACUUUUCCAUUAAUGCUUGCUUUUAAGACAAGCCUUUCAAAACUAAUAAAUUGUUUUAACUUUGGUUAAAUUAUUAUCCCCCCCACCUUUCCACAGAAUGUCAAAGCCUCUGAGAGGCAGGGCCAAUAACUUUUGUUUUCAUCAGUACUACUCCUUCAAUUGGUUCAACUUCUUCCCUUUCUAUUCUGCACCAGGGUUCCAAUCUUGUGGCCAAAUGAAUUUAUUGUUCAUAACAAGCUCCAAAGUCUCAGCUAUAAAAAGGAGCCAUAUAUUAACCUCGAAUAUUGUAUGAAAUGACCUUGCAGCAGACUCUCCUUUGAGAAGUAAUAAAACAUUUUAUGUAUUAAUUUGAAAAAAAUAAAACAAUUCAUUCAA